AUGGCGUCCGCGAUGCUGAACGGAGCUGAAAACCUCACCCUAACCAGAGGGAUCGGAAUCGCGCCGUCCCCAAUCGGAUUAGGUUUUCCCGGCCGGCAUUUCCCCAAAUCCGCCGGCAAAAUCUCCACCACCAGGGCUUUGAAAUCCAAAACCCUAGCCCCCAGAUGCAGCGUCUCGGUCUCCCGACCGGCUUCCCAGCCGAGGUUCAUCCAGCACAAGAAGGAGGCCUUCUGGUUCUACCGCUUCCUCUCCAUCGUGUACGACCACGUCAUAAACCCUGGUCACUGGACGGAGGACAUGAGGGACGAGGCGCUCGAGCCGGCCGAUUUGAGCAGCCGGAAUUUGACAGUGGUGGACGUCGGCGGCGGCACGGGUUUCACGACGCUGGGGAUUGUGAAGCACGUGGACGCGAAGAAUGUGACGAUCCUCGACCAGUCGCCCCACCAGCUUGCCAAGGCAAAGGCGAAGGAGCCGCUGAAGGAGUGCAAGAUAAUCGAGGGGGAUGCGGAGGAUCUCCCGUUUCCGACCGAUUAUGCGGAUAGAUAUGUUUCGGCUGGGAGCAUUGAGUACUGGCCAGACCCGCAACGUGGAAUCAGGGAAGCUUACAGGGUUCUGAGACUUGGUGGCAAAGCAUGUUUGAUUGGUCCCGUUUAUCCAACAUUUUGGGUGUCUCGUUUCUUUGCGGAUGUGUGGAUGCUUUUCCCCAAGGAGGAAGAGUAUAUAGAGUGGUUUACAAAGGCGGGAUUUAAAGAUGUCCAACUUAAAAGGAUUGGCCCGAAAUGGUACCGUGGGGUUCGUAGGCAUGGUCUGAUAAUGGGAUGCUCCGUGACGGGUGUGAAGCCCGCAUCUGGGGACUCGCCUUUGCAGCUUGGUCCUAAGGCAGAGGAUGUGUCACAACCUGUAAAUAAUCCAUUUGCAUUUCUUGGGCGGUUCUUGCUUGGUGCCAUGGCAGCAACUUACUAUGUUUUAGUUCCGAUCUACAUGUGGCUCAAGGAUCAAAUUGUCCCGAAAGGUCAACCUAUAUAG